AGAACUGUCAUUGUGGUAGUGCUGUCAAAAUUAAAUAUCGAUUGAACCAGCCUACAGCUUAAUAUCCGAUUCGCUUAUCACCGUAUCGUCGACAAUAUUAUAUUUUUAUUAUCAAUUUUCAACGUUCAAAUAACAUUCAACACAAUUUUUUUACCUGUGUAUUAUAAACAAUGAAUACGCGACAAUUAAUAUUAUUAUAUAGACAGUAAAGUCAACAUGAUGAAACUGUAUUAUAGUACAUAGGCAAAUAGUGAACAGUUUGACACAUAAUAUCCAAAAGAGACGCGUUAGUAACAGAAUGGCGGAAGAACCAGAUUUGUCAGGAUAUCCACUACACAAAAGUGUGUUCGAUGGCGACGUGCAAGAGUUCGCCCGGAAGCUGAGGGUGGAGGAUUUGUCCAAAAAAGACAAACAUGGUAAGUGUAGUCGUGGUUAUCCGGUAUUUAUCUUGUAGGCACGACUAUUAUAUAGAUCUUGUUUCAUCCGUUACUAUUUGUUUGCAGGUAACACGGCAUUACAUUUGGCCAUCAUGCUCGGCCGUAAAGGUAAAUUAUACACUUCAAUUUCGACAUUUAAACAAAAUUGGUUUUUGAGAAUAUGUUAUCUACAGUAUGUGAAAUACUUACCCAAUUAAGUAUUGCUUUUCAGAUAUUGUACAACUUCUGCUUGCUCACAAUGCACCGGUCAAGGUGAAAAAUUUAAAUGGGUGGACUCCAUUGGCUGAAGCGGUUAGCUAUGGGGAUCGUAUUACUAGUAAGUCAAUAGCUUUUUAUCAAUUAGGUAACCAAAUUUAGUUUAUAAGCAAAUUAAGUUAUAGUUCAUCCAUAAUAUAAGUAUAGUACUAUGUAUUAUAAGUAAUAUGUUAUAGAAAUUAUUGUUGGAUUCUAGUUUUGUGUUAUUAAUUAUCAGAUAUUAUGUUUAAUUAACUGACUAAUAGGUAGGUAUUAUAUUAUUGAAUUUAAGAUUAACAUACAAUUGUUUUGCAAAUAGUCUAUUAGAUAAGUAAACUAAACUAAGUUAUUACCAUACCGAAUGGACAUUUUUUAAUUUCGGAGAGGAGGGGGCCCAGAAUUUUUUUGUAGAGUGAACAAAAUAUAUAUUGAUUUAUUUGGAUUGGUUUUAAUUCUCCACUUAGAUGAACUGUUAUCAAUUCAUUUUAAGUUUAUUUGGAGGGAAUUUAAAGCUUCUACAGGGUCAUUUCCACGUGAAGUAUCGCUGUGCAUGGUGUCACCUGCAUAAGUGACUAAAGUAGUAUUUGAUGUUUUAGGAUUGUUAGCUAUAUAAACAUUAAAAAUAUCAGGAGAAAGGUCACAUAGUGUACUCUUGCUUUAAUUUGGGAAUAAAACAAUAUGAAGUUACCAUAUCAGAUUAUGUAAAAAAGAUUUUCUAAAUAUUAGUGAAUUAUCAUAAAUGAUGGUGUAGGUAAGACAAAUUUAAAUUUAAAGAGUAGGUUCCCAUGUUAUACUUGGUCAAAGCUCGAUCAAGAACUACGUUUAAAAAUACCCCUGGGUAGUAGUUUUUUAGUCUGAUAAAGAUGAAAUUUCUUCAGUUAGUCUAAAUUUGAUAUUCAGUUGAAUGUUUGGUUCUGAAGCCAAAUUGGGAAUGUGAAACUAUGUUGUAGGUUUGGAGUAUUGGUCUUUUUCUUAUGAUUUCCUAAAAUACUUUGGCAAGAGUUGGUAGUUAGCUGUCUAUAAGUGGUAAUUUCAUUCUUUGGUUUGUUAGGCUUGGAGAACAAUUAUUGUGACAAUUUACAAAUGAAAAGAAAGUAAAAAUUUCUAAUAUAAAAUUUAAAAUACAAGUUAUUAAAACAAUUGUUUUUUUGGAUAAAUUUUAUUAGUGAUGAGGUCAUAUCCUGGUGAUUUUUUUAUUAUAGUUUAUUUAUUUAAAGUUUAACUUCACUUGGUAUAGUAUGUAUGUAAACUUAACAAAGGUUUUUUUAACACAGAUUAAAACAGAUUUAUGUUCUUCAAACUUUACAUCUAUCAACAAAUUAUAGAUGUUAAUAAUUUGAAAUUUGAAAUUGUCUAUUUAUAGAUUAUUUUUAAUAAAAAGACUUCAAAUUUCUCACAUACCCAAAGAUUACAAAAGUAUAUAAAUAUGUACACAGAAUAUUUCUAGUAAUUAUAUUCAAUCGUAUAUUAUUUAUUUUAAAUCUAAAAUACAAAAAUUGGUUUGAAUAUUAAAUUGUAUAUAACUAUCUUAAAAAUACAAUUUUACUAUUGUCUGUUGAUAUACCUACUAAUUUAUCUUUACAAUGAACAUAAAGUAAAACAAAAUCAACUAAUAAAUAAUGCAUACAAGUUAAACAUUUUUUUUUUUAAAUUAUAAUUUAUUUACAUUAAGACUCUCAUCAUUGACUUCUUUUUUAAACAAAUUGUUAUUAUUGUCCAAUAUUGUAACAUAUAAACCAGGGAUAGUAUCUUCUAACGCAAAACAUGCCAUUUGAAAUUCUACAUUAUUGUUGUUUACCACCAAUUCCUGAAGUUUAUUUAACUUUUGAAGACCAGCUAUACCAGCUGCCGUUACUUGAGUACCAGAAAUAUCCAAAUAUUCCAAAUUAGGUAUUAUAUAUGUAAUAUAGUCUAGACACCAAUUAUCAAAAGCUAGAUUAUUCUUGAAACUUAUCCAUUUUAAUUUAUACAAAUGUUUGAAGUUUUCCAAUCCUUGGUAAUAGAAAUUAUGGUUUGAUACAUCAAUAGCUUCAACAAAAUAUUUUGGAUCAUAUAUUCUCGGUAAAUUUUCAUAAUAUUCUUCUUUAGUAUUAGACCAUUUGAUAAAUUCAUUAUGACCUCGAAAUCUGAUAGCACCACCUCGAAAAACAACAAAAUGUGCAGCAGCUAUAUCGCUUCCAAGUACUUUAACUCUGUCAGCUAAAUACAUUUGAUUAAAUUUAUGGAAUUCCACUCGUUUACGUUUGAACCAAUAAUAUAUGCUUUUUACUGACCAAUCAUAGUUCAUUAAACGUGGAGGUCCGGAUUUGUAAUGUGGUGUUACCCAUCUAGUAAACGCAUUAGCUUCUAAUAUUUUUUCAUUAGUUUUUUGCCCGGUGAGUUUCUCGUACAGCUUCCUGUUUUCUUCGUCUGUUAAAUCUUUGGAAUUAUUGGCAUAUAAUCUCUUCCCAAAAAAAAAAUGCUGUGACCAUGAUGGUAUUAGUUUUCGUACACUUUUCAUUUUAAAGAUUUGUAUUACUUAAACAAGUUUAUAUUUAAAUACUUAUAAAAUGUUAAAUAAUAUAAGUAUAACAUUAAUAUUAACCAACAUUAUCUCACUCUCUGUAGAUUUAUAGAUUUUAUAUUUAAUAACUUGAUAUCACUAUAAUUUUGAUAAUUUAGUUUUGAUCACUGAUAAUAUUAUUUCAGUGUUGCCAGAAAUGAAAUACACAAUGUAUUAUUUCAAUUGAAAAUACUAAUGGUAUGAAAAAUUAAUUUACGAAAACAUAUUAAAAUAACAAUUAUUUUUGAUAUUAUUUAUAUGGUAAUUGCCUAAGUAAAAAGCCCCUCAAAAUUAAAAAAGUUCAAUGAUAGACGGUACCUUACUACCGUCUACCUUAAAAAUCACAGAUCUAGUUGGUGGAGGUGAUAAUUGGAGAUAUUUUUUUGAUAUCCAAAGUAGUUUUCAUAAUAAUUGGGAAAAACCAAAAAAAUUGAAAUGAAUGCGGUAACUUGGCGUAUAAUAUUAAUUUUAACUAUUAAAAAUUUUAAUCUAGUUGGUGAAAAAGAAAAUGAUUUUUUGAUUUGCUGUGUAGUAUUUUUAAUAAUUGAGCAAAACCAAAAAAAAAAUAUUGAAAGAAUUUGACAAUUUAAGAAAAUAAUGCUUUUAUGAUUUUCAAUUUGGUGUUUUGUUGUAACCAAGUUUAAAAUAUUUGUAAGACUUGAAAUUUGAACAGAAAACUUUAUAUACAUGCCUUUUAUAGACGUGGUAAAAUUUUAAAAACAUUGAACCAUAAUUUCGCUAUUUAUAGAAAUUUUAAUUUUACGAAUUAUUUAUGUAAUUUUUAUUAUGUAAGCACUCUAUGGAUAAAAUCGUUAGACCUAAUAAAAAUGCUUGCAAAUUAAACAGGGUCAUUAAAAAUCAAAAUUUUGGUGAAAAAUAAAAAUCAUAAAUUCAUAAAUAUUACGACCUUUCAAAACAUGUAUACUGUAAAUAUGUAACCUAACCUCAGAAACGUUUUUGUUAGCAAUGAUUAAUUUUUGUGUACAGACACACAUUUAAUUCCUCUCUAUAUCCUACCUUCUCUAAUACCUUCUCCUAACUUCUCACCUACAUCGGCCUAACCAUCGUGGAAAGUAUAUCCGUUUUUUUAUAUUGCACAAUGAAUUUGUUUUCUAAUAUUUUGUACAAAUUAUUACAUAAAUGAUAAGGUACAUUAACAUUAUAAAUUGUAAGAUUACAUUUCACUGAUUACUUCAGUAAGUCUAAACCUUAACUUAAAAGUUAUUGGUGCAAUUUUUUGUCCCUUUUUCACUAUUUUACAAUAUUAAAAAAAUAUGAGUCGAUAUUGAAAAAAAAAAAAGAAAAAAUGUUUUAAAAUUUAAAUUAUUAGUAUACAAUAAUAAACAUAUGAAAACCUAAAUUACACUAUUGAUUUAAUUUCAAUAUUAUGCGUAACUCAUGUAAAUAAUUAUAAAUAAUUACUACUUAUUAAGUUCAUUUACAAAGUCACGUCACAGAAAAAAAAUAGUGUUGUAUUUUUGUUAAUGUAUUUUCAAGGUUGAUUAUGUUAUAAUUUUUUAAAAAUCAGUAAACACUAUACAACAAAUGGAAAUUUCAUUUGAAAAUUUAGAUUAGCUAAUCAAUACAAAUUAUAAAAUUAUUGUUAUCUAAUGAAAUUAAGUAUUUUGAACUUUGUAUGGAUUAAAAAUAGUUUUUUUAAAUUAUUUUUGGCUUUGGUAAUUGUGUGUUAUUAUUAUUCAUUUGUAUAAAUACUCCAGGGGGGGGGGGGCAUAAAAAGCAGGAAAAAUAUUUUAAAAGAAAAACAAGUAAUUCAAUAUAACUAAAUAUUUGUUCAUGUAUUUAUAUUCAUAAAUAAGUAGUGUAUUAAAAUUAAUUGUGUAGGUAUUGAUUUAUUACUUUUAAAAUUAAAAAUGUGUUACUUACUACAUACUAUUUUUGUCCAAAUGACUUACUUAUCUGGUACCGUGUUGAGAAUAAUUUAAGGUGUUAAAAUUAUUUUUAGUUAGCUAGCGAGAAAAAUGUUAAACAUGUUUUCUCUCAUAAAACAUUUAAAGCCUCUAAUAGUCAAAAGAAAAAUUAUUUUUAUAAUUUUAAAUGCCAUUGUUAUUAUUGAUAUUGAAAUGUUGUUUGUAAAAUAUUUUAAAUUGUGUACAACAAUGUAGUACAUUGAAUUGUAGAAUUGUAUUGUAUUUUAAAUAAAUAUGAUUAUUCUUACUUUAGUUACAUCACUGUUAAAAAAAAUGAAACACCAAGCAAGGGAGCAGAUUGAAGACAGACGACCUAAUUUAGUAUCUGCAUUAAAACAAGUUGGUGAUUUUUACAUGCAAAUUAAAUGGGACUUUCAGAGUUGGGGUGAGAAUUUAAUAUUUUUAAUUUGUAACCUAUUUUAUUAUAUUAUAAUAUUAUUUAUUUAUUUAUAAUUUGCAUUAAUUCAAUAAAUGUAUACUAUGGAAUUAGUCGUUAUCAUUGAUGAAUAUGUAUUUCUACAGUGCCAUUGGUGUCUCGAGUUUUACCAUCAGAUCUUUGUCAGAUUCAUAAAAAAGGUACUUCGUUCAGGUUGGAUACAACACUGGUAGACUUUGCUAUGAACGAUAUGAAAUGGGAACGUGGAGAGAUUACUUUUUUAUUUGAUGGCGAUGCAAAACCACCACAUUCUCUCAUUGUAAUGGAUAAUAAAGCAGGCGUUUACCAAAGAGUCAGAUAUUUAGUAAGGAUGUUUAAUUUUUACAAACUUUUAUGGGGAAAAUAAAAACUUAAAAUUGUAUAUUAUAAAGGAAACUGAAAUGGAAAUUGAAGACGAAGUUGAUCUAAUGAUGAGUACUGAUAUAGUCACUGCUCAAAUGUCUACUAAAUCUAUAACAUUUUCCCGUGCUCAAUCUGGGUGGAUAUUUCGACAAGACAAAAAAGUAUGAAAACAGUUUAGACAAUUUGAUAUACAGCUUAAAUCAAUUUAUUAAAAAUACAUAUUCAAUUUCUUAUAGUAUUUUCAUAUUUUUUAUAUGCGUCAUCCAUGAUAAUACAUUUUGACACUCAAUUAAAAAUAAAAAAUGUUUACCAUCUUUAUUCUUUACCCUCCUAUACAUAUUGAAUAUUGAUACUAUUUGGUUUUAAAACAAAUGUUUGUGAAUUCUUUACAGGAAACUAUUGGAGAUUUUAAUGCUGAUUUUUAUCAUAUUAAUGGCCUGACAUUAGAACAAAAAAAACGAAGAGAACACUUGUCUGAAGAAGAUCUACAAAAAAACAAAGCAAUCAUGGACAGUUUAACAAAAGGAGGGUGUUCUAUUAAUAUUGAUGGUAAUGGAGAAGUAAGAAGUUUAUUUAAAUUUUUAUUGUGUAUACUUUUAAGUGUAUUAUGGUAUCAAAUUUUAUCAUUUUUAUAUUAAAGCCUGUAAGACGAGAAUCACUUAUACCUCCUAUGCCUACAUUGUGCACAUGGAAACAGUAUUUGACUUCACCAGUUGGACAACAUCCAAUCCUAUCCAGAGAAAUGGUUUGUAAAAACACAACACGAGGAUUUAAAGCUACAGUUGCUAUGGUAUGUAUAUAAUUAAUAAGGUGCGGAUUAUAAUGCAAAUUUAAUUUUUUUCUGAAUGUUUUAAAUCAACACUUUCCAAGCACACAAUUUAUUUCGUAUAUAAAAUAAUUACAAUAUAAAACUUAUUUUGCAUUUUUAGAACUUUUUUUUUAGAUUUUUUUAAGUGUAUUUUUAGGUUUUAAAGUCAUUUUUUUCUUCAUUUUACAAACUCCAUAGUGUUAACAGAAAAUUUGAUAAAAUUUAUUUUGAUUUCCUACUAAAAGAAAAAAAAUUCAUAUUUCUAUUAUUUAUUUAUUAGGUUUAGAUUUACCGAUUGUACUAGAUAAUUAUAAUGCUGAAUACAAUAAGCUAUUAAUACAACAAUAAAGACAACAAUAAGCUAUUUAUAUAUUACACUAUUUGCACUAUUGUGGUUUUUAGUAAAUUUACAUACAUAAACCUAAUAAUAAAUAACAUUUUUUUUUUGUUCAAUGUUACAAAUAAAGAUUUGAUUAAGACAUUUUUAAAACUUUUUUAUUUAAGUGCAUUAAAUUGUAAUUUUUUAGGGCAUUUUCUUGUUUUUUAAAACAUUUAAAUUCACAUUCCUAUAAUUACAUAAAAGGUUAUUUUUAGGUUAUGUUAUGAAUAAUUAUUAAAGUUUUCAAUAAUUUUUUAGAGUAUGGAAUUUCCUCUGUCAGUUGCUAUGCUAAUGGAUGUUCUUGAAGUUACUGCUCCAUUUAAGCAUUUUUCUAAGCUACGAGAUUUUGUCAAUUUGAAAUUACCACCCGGGUUUCCAGUCAAGUUAGGUAUGUUAUAUACAAUUUAUUCAAUUACUGUUGACAAAUUUUUACCUACAUAUUGGUAUUUCACUUAUUUUUUUGAAAUGUAUUAAUAUAGAUAUUCCAAUAUUGCCUACGGUGUCUGCUAAGAUCACAUUUCAGGCUUUUGAGUUUCGUGAAGAUAUAGAUAGUGAUCUUUUUGAAGUGCCAUCAAGUUACGUUGAAGAUCCGUCGAGGUUUCCAGAUUUAUGACUAUUUUCGGAUUCCAACUCCUCAUAGAUUCAGAAUCCUUUAAGUGCCAUCUUAUUAUUUUGAUGUUUCCUUCUAAUAUGUCCAGAUUUAUGAAAGCCUAGCAAUAAAAAAAUGUUUGUCAACUCACUAAAUGAUUUGUGAUUGAUGUCUAUUGUUCCAUGCAUAACAGAGCUUAGCAUACAUUAUUGUAUGUAGAGCUCUUUAUGAAAUAAUAGUUUUAAAAGAAUAUGAUUUGAAAAUUAACGACUAUUAUUAUUUAUUUAUUGAGAUUUAGAUAUAAAUUAUUAUUUAGUUCUAUGUAUUUCUUUGUUGCACAGUUUGUUGCACAAUUGUUUUUAAUAAAUGUGUGUGAAUUAAUUUAGUUAAUUUAACUAAUUUAACUCAACUAAUGGUCCUGUAAUUUAUAUUAUACUAUUAUUAUUAUUAUUAUUAUUAUUUUGUAUUAACAUUUGAUGCAUUUGGAUUUGUAUUAAUUUACAUAUAAAUAGUAUUUUUUUUAUCCUUCCAACUAUCAAAUUCAGUAUUUGACAUCUUUUUAUUUAUAAAUAAUAAAUGAAGAGGCUUGAAAAGAGUUGGAUGCAUAUAUUUAUUUUUUAAGUUUUGUUGUAAACCUAAUGUUGGCGUAUUAAAUUAAUUAAAUUAGAUAAUUUUUUUCAUCUAUUUAUAAACUGAUUGGAAUAUAUUUUUCCUACUAUCUCAACAUUGUAUACGUAUAAUUUGUAUUUAUUUAUUAUCUAUAUAAUCUUUUUGCAGCAGCAGCACUAUUAUUUAGUUUUAUAUUUUUAAACAAGGGAUUUAUUUUUUCUUUUAGCAUUAAUAUUUUUUGUUGUUUUGUUGUGUAAACAUAUUUAUUAUGAG